CUACAUCUUUUUCUUGUCCUGGAAAGAUCACUCGCUUAUAUAGUAAGAGCGAGUAAGAGGACUAGAGCUGCAUCGAUUGUAUCAUUACCACGGAAGCGGAUGAAUAUUCAAGAUUUAUGAGACUGAGAUCAUAAACGUUCUUGCGACUAGAGAUAGCAGCAAAUUCCAAUUUUUGAAAAUAAAAAAAAGAGUACAUUUUCUCUUUAUAUAUAUAUAUAUAUAUAUAUUUAUCUUAAAAUGUCUACGCGAUAUAUGAAAAAGGUUUACGGUGAUAUGACUCUGGAAACGGGUAACGACGACACGAGUGACAUGGAAGCCUCAGUAACCAGCAACAAGUCCAAAUCUUUUAAUGUUUUCGAUGUGUUGAUUUCUGACGAGGAAGAUACUGGUGACUGGCAGGAAAAUGAAGAAUUGGUUACAAAUGAUGUAGAUUACAAUGACACAAAGCGUAGGAAGAAGAAGAAAAAACAUAAGAAGUUGGAAAGUGAGAGACUCAGGAGCCAACAAGAGCACAAUGCAGAAUGUAACGAGAACAUAGAUGAGAUUGAACAAAGUAUAAAGGAGGUGAACAAAUUGCUUGGGGAGCCACUGCCAGGUUGCAGUACUCAAGUUUUGCAAGCGCAAUGGGUCGAUAACAUAUCCAAGGAAAAUAUACUAAUUGUACAACGUAAAUACUUAAAUCCAUAUAACGAAUUAAAGAGGCUCUUUGGUAGUAAAACUGUAGAGUCUGGGCAAAGCAAGAAAAAUAAAGGUCGUCUUGGAAGGAAAACAUGGUUGAUUUGCCCACAAGACAGUCCUUUGAUAUCAACAACAAGAUCUGGUUUAUACAUGUCUCUAGAUCAUUCUAUAAAGACCACAAAUGGUGUACAUUACUUUGUAUAUGAACAUAGUGCCUCAUACAAAGAGGUACAGCUUAAAUUCUUGCAAGCUGUUGAAAGUCUUAAUCCAGAGAAUAUAGUCAAUUUAGCAAAUGCCCAUCCUUACCAUAUAGACUCUCUCCUGCAGGUAUCUGAAAUAUGUAAACUAACUGAUGAUUUAGCAUAUGCAGCAGAGUUUAUCAAACGGGCUCUAUAUUGCUUAGAAUGUGCGUUUCAUCCAUCCUUCAAUAUAACAACUGCGAAAUGUCGAUUGGAUUAUAGGAAGCAACAGAAUCGUGCAUUUUUUAUAACACUUUUCAAACAUCUUGGAUUUGUCGGUGGACGUGCUUGUUACAGAACAAGCUUGGAAUUUUGUAAAUUUCUUCUGUCAUUGGAUCCUGAGGGUGAUCCAUUAGCAGUGGUCCUGUUUAUUGACUUUUAUGCUUUAAAAGCCAAGGAAUAUAAAUGGUUUUUAAAGUUUUGUGAUCUGUGGGAGGACUCCAGAAAUUUAACUCAAUUACCAAACAUUGCAUAUAGCCUGGCUUUGGCUCAUUUUCGUCUGGGAAAUAAAACUGAUGCGUGUACUCUUCUGCAAAAUGCUCUUAUCAUGUUUCCAGGUGUUUUGAUGAUCUUAUUGGAGAAAUGUAGCAUACAAGCAGAUUCGAAGGUAAUGUCUCAUAAGUUCUUCAAUUCUCAAGCACAAGCCAACACAUCACCGGCUCUAGAGAAGCUACAAAAAUUAUAUGUGGUGCGUAGCUUCCGUCUUUGGAAAGAGACAGAUAUUUUACAGUGGUUGGAAGAAUGUGUGAAUUCUGUGCUAAAUCGAGUCGAGCUUAAAGAUGAUUAUAUCAAAUAUUGUCAAGUAAAACGCCACACACGCUAUCGGGGAAAGCUGCCAAGGAACAUUUUGAGACACAUUAUACUUUCAGAUUUACAGGAAGUUAUAGUUAACAUCCAGGAGAUCCAGGGUGACGCUCCAGUAUUAUCACAUGAUCCAUUACCACCACUAGACAGCAUUGAUAUUUAUAAAAGGCCUAUAGCGAAUGAUAGACCAAAUGAUAGUUCCAAUUUCUUUUCUCUCUUUUUUUCUUCGCUUUUUAGGGAUAUCAAUGGUGCGGCUGCUGCUUUAAAUGAUUUGAAUUUACUUGAGGGAAAUGAAGAACCACAAUAAUAAUUUUCUCUAAUUGUGCGGAACUUGGCAAGAACCAGAGAAGAAAUCUAUGCAGAUUAUGCAGUUUUAAACAAUAGUACAUAUAAUAAUUAAAUAAGAGAAGAUAAUCCCCCCCCCUCAGAACUGUUUGAUGUAUAAGAAAUUUUAUGUAUAAAAUUGAAGUUUUGUUAGAAUUUUUGCUGUAUGUAAAAUUGCUUUCACAUG